AUGGUACUGCCGCCGAAACCGUUUUUGAGGAAACGCAGCGGUAUUUCGGGGCGGUUAAUGGAAAAAAUACAUUAUCCAACAAACAUAAACGCUGCAAAACAGCAGUCAACUUCAUCAGAUGUUUCAAGCGACAAUCAGACCCCUGCAGUUGAUAAUGAAGCUCAGGAUUCAAAUCGCCCGUAUACAGCUGGCACGGCUGACAGUGGUUGUCCAGAAGACGCUUGUUCGGUAGUGCUUAGUCCAAACAGUAACAGAAAAGAUGACAAUGUUGAAUCAGUGGUCAUAGACGUUACAGAUUGCACUAACAGCAAUUCAGCAGCUUCAUCCGAAGUUCGGAGCAAUCGCGGUGCACCAUCAAUAAUUAAUGAUUUGAGUGGUUUUUCAACGAACGAAACUAACACUGCCUUUGCAGCAUCAAGAAAUUUUGAUAAUGACGACCGUGUCAUGCAAAAAGUGUCCACCAAUGUAUCGGUAGGAAACUCGAUUGCGGGGAAUGUUGAGUCUCAAAUACUGAACAUGAUUUCACCAAGGACAUCGGAGAAUUCUCAGGACACUGAUGACACAAGAUCGCGCCAUUGGCGACAAGUUAUCAGGGAGUUUGCAUCAGAAACUAAGCAGAAAGCGGAGCUUCUUUCUCUUGAAUCAGUUUCUGCAAAUGGAGGAUCUUCAGCUGCAAGUUCAAAUAGAUCGGAACAAAUUCCAGAGGGAAUUCCACAUUUCAUGAAUUGGUGCAGGAGAGAAGGACGUCAGAAGUCACAUACCGCGCGAGAAAUAUUACCGUCCGUUUUUAGUAAAAAAACUGGAGGCGGUAUUUAUGCUCAUGUAAAGAAAGUUGGAAAUAACGCAGAAAAAAUGGAUACUGUAUUAUUAGAGACAUCUUUGGAAAACCUGACUUCGGGACAUAUCACGGAGGGAAAGAAAAUGCAGCAGACAGUCGAAAGUAGCGCAACUGAACGGAAUCUCGCAAAGCAGUUGAGGGAUCUCAUCGCUCAUGUAGACCUCGCAAGAGAGUAUCGUCAUCACGAAUAUGAAAGACUGGAAGAAAUUUUCGAUCAGGCAUUACAAGAAAAAGAAUAUUUCCGUCAACAAGUGAAUGAAUUAAAAAAACGUGUUGUGCAGUUGGAAGAAGAUAAACAAGCACGACAAGAAAAUCUUGCUGUAAGAGAAGAAGCGGAGAAAAUACGCAGUGCUGAUAUUGAACGUUUGAGACGAGAAAAUGCUAUUCUGAAUCGACAGCGAAAGCAGAAGGAUGGUAGUAAUACUGCUUUAGUAAAUCUGCUUAAAGAACAGAUAAGCGAUCUUCGUAUAUUGGUACGGGAUUUUGAUCGGCAACGUAAUGAGUUGAGGAUGCAAAUCAGAAAAAGCAAUACAGUUUUAAAAGAAAAGAAUGAGAUUAUUGAACAAUUGAAGAGUGAAAAAACACACUUGGAAAAACGAAUUGCAAUCAUUGCGAAAAACAAGGCAGCCUUUCGAGGUCGUUUAGCUGAAAAUUCUAUUUCUGCCCAGGCGAUUGCCCGAGCUUCAAAGAAUGCAACUGUUACGACAUCUACAAAGGACUUGACCCCUCAGAAUAACGAAUUUUGCAUAACGAAUGCAAGAGAUAGUGGAAGGCAUACCAGUCAGAUCAAUAACGUCUCAAGUAGGAUGCAAAAUACUGUAAAUAUUGUCGAAAAUACGGACACAUUAAGCGAUAAUGAAGAUGUCGUAGUUGUUGAAGAAGGAGUGACACCGGCACGUUUGGGAAAAAAUGUUCGGUGGAACGAACCUCUUGAAACAAUGGCUUCUAUUUCUCCGCCGCUUUGUGCACACUCUCCUCUAAAUCUUCCAAAUUCUGAUAUGCAGCUAAUUCUAACUGAAAAUAAUAUGGUUGGAAGAGCAUCGUUGUAUCGCAGUGAAAAAGAUUUUACCGUCUACACUUUAACUCACUGUGGUUGUCACUUUUAUGAAUAUAGCAACACAGACACUCGUUGGAUACAUUCAAGCAAACUUUAUCAGGUAAAUUAUUAUGGACAAGCAGGUGCAACCACUGUUGAGAUAUGUGGGGGGAAAUUGCUUGUUCGACAUUUUUUAACUGGUCAGUUGGAAAUUUAUCGCGGAGAUGGUGAAACUACUGUAGUGACACCUGAUGGGCGUCGCAUAGAGGUUGUUAGAGAUAAAUCAGGAUCCGUGCGCGUCGAAAUCUAUGGAUUGGAUGGGAGAGUUCGGAUCAGAGGACGUGGCGAAGCAGAAAUAGAACAUCGAGCAACGCAAACUUCAUGCCAUCGCAUGGAUGGUUCUUACGCUAGUUAUAUUGCUAGUGAUGAUUCGAUGGAGUGGCGUUCACCGGAUUAUACAGUGCAUCGGUUUAAAAAUGGUGAUACAAAGGUGCGUCUAAAUUUAAUUGAUACAAGUAUCACGAUGCUUGUCAUGGAUGUUGGCACAGUGAAACAUUUAUCAAAUCCGUUCCAUAGACGACUUUCGAAAUAUUGUGUUGAAUGGGGCACUGUUGCUAGAAAAAGGUCCAGAGUUAUUGCUGCCGCCCAGUCUGGUGUACUUAACCAGUUGUGAAUGAGUUAACUUCUUGUUUUAUAAUGUGACUUUCUAUUUCCAAGAAACCCAGUCUUGAGCUGAUUUUUCUUUUUUAUACGUACAGAGAAAC